AAUAUGCACCUACUUGAAUUGAAUUUAAUCACACAUACAGCAAGUACGUGUAACAGUAGUUGAACUGAGAGUCGUUGUGUUUCUCACAGAACCUCGAAUUUUCUACAUAAAGGAGCGGCUAUACUGAACUUACAUAGUUCAAUUUUCGUCAUCAUUACCAUUAUGAAAUCUUUGUCGGUUGUUUUGGUGUUCAUUAUUUCGUUGGCUUGUGCUAGAGCUGCUCCAGGUUACUCGCCAUCAAAAGAAACGUUUCAAAAAUGCAAAGCAGCCUAUACAUUUAAGCAAGAUCCUGAUUAUAAAAUUUGGACUUCCAUAUAUGGUGGUGUAGGCGUUCAACUCACCUACGAAGAAAAAUGUUUUCUGCACUGCAUUUUGCAGAAAGAUAACUACUUCGACGAUAACGGCAACCUACGCCACGGUUCAAAAUAUAUCAAAGACCUUCUUAACAGUUACCCAGAUAUCGCAAAAUACGUUGAUGUACUGAUGUCCCAAAUAUUCCAAAUCGCCAGAUCAGUCAAAAGUUUCAAUGACAAAUGCGAAAGAGCAUUCACAAUUUAUCACCAGAUCCAUCUGACUAUUAUAACGUUGCGAAUGGCUAGAAGCAUAGAAAACGUUACCCAUAUCAAAGAUAGAACUUUCAACACAGUAGAGAGCGGAAAUAGUGUCGGUCGAGAAACUUCUAAACAACUUAGACAGUACUUCGGAUUUUUUGAUGGUUUGAUCAAUAACGAAGCGACAUGGGAGACAAUGAAGGGCGAUACCUCCACCACACCAUUUUGCAAAGUGGCAAAAUCUAUGAAAAUCAUGCAACCAGGCGCCUUUGCGAUAUCACACAAACCCGAGACCAUAGAGUGUCCACCUUAAUGACCAAUUGCAAGUUGAUAUAGUUUUCACUUGGAUUCAAAAAACUUGUACAACUAGUUACCUAUUUUAUAUUUAUGUACAUGAAGUCUACAAACUACGAUUCGUAACUUUUCUUGGAGAUAAGAUUAUUCCCUCAUUCAUUUAGAAUUCUAAGCAAGUAAGCAUCGAGUAGGUAUUCAACCAUAACAGGUACCUAAGCAAAAAAACAUCAAUAAUUAAAAAACACUUUACUUGUC